UUCCUGCAGCAACAACAACAGCAACGUCAAUCAUCAACGUCAACAGCUCAACAGAAGUUGUUGUUUUCUUUGUCUCGUUUCUCGUUUUGGCGUCACCGAGUCUGAACAGUCAUCUUGAGUACUAGUUCUCCGAGUCGAAAAUGUCUACGCCUAUUGAUAUGGAACUUCAGUGCGACAUCUGCUUUCAGCAGUUUAACUUAGAGGACAAUAGGCCAAAAAGCUUACCUUGUGGGCACACAAUUUGUCGUGAGUGCCUGCAAAAUCCUGCCUUUGGGAUGAAGUGUCCAAAUUGCAGAAAGCAUUUGGCUACUGACCCUGGCGGUCUACCCGACAACUUCUCUCUGAUCCGGGUGAUGGAGAAGGACGGCGCUCCGGCCCGCAAAGUGGCGAGAAGGGAGGACCCCAAGGUGCAGCAGCUGCAGCGCGGCGUGGAUGCCGGCAGGAGGGUCGUCCAGGUGCUGCGGCAGGCGAUCCCCAUGGCGGUGGAGGCCCUGCACCGGCAGCUGGACUCGUCCGUCGCUCACCUCCGCGACAUGGAGUCGGCCCUGGACAAGCUGCUGCGCGGGGAGCAGGGCGGCGACGAGGGCGAGCUGCAGGGCCCCACGCCGGACCUCGCGGUGAAGCGGCUGCGCAUGGAGGACAGCCUGCGCCUGCUGUCCACCGACAAGUGCACCGUCGUGGCGGAGGAGGGCGCCACCACCUGGGGGGCGUCAGUGGAGCUCGGACGGAUGGACGACGUACUGCGCCUGCUGCUGCUGCAGCUGCGUGCGGACAGCCAAUUGCAGAAGGUCGUGGACCCUGAGCCCCUCCCAUCUGCGGCUUACGUGGGACCCCCGAGGAUCCCCAUCCUGACCAUAGCCGGCACCGAUCUGGGCGCUACGGGUCAUUUGAAGGUGAACGACAUCCUCCGAGACGGACAUCGUUGGAGGAACAUACGCACCCUCAACAACUUGAAGGGCAGCAACUCGGAGGAAUUGCUUCGCGUGAUGGCGCCACACCUUGAGGAGCUCAAGAUCCUGGGUUCAGUCGGUCCGACGGUCUUGGAGGAGGUGCAGAAGAUGCCACUGCUCAAAACGCUGAUCGUCAAAUGCAGCGUCGACGAAGAGGACGACUUCCCGGACCUGCCGCCGCAGCUGGAGCAGCUGGCAAUCUACUACCCGACCGAGAAUCAACUCCAAAGUGUGCUGCGCAUGCCUAGGCUGCGGAGCUUGAUGGUGCACGGCUACCACGCCGAAGAAGACAAUUGGGCCUUCCCGCCCUCGCAGCACGGCGCGCUGCUGUGGCUGGGCCUCCAGUUCCACGUGGACCAGAAGGACACCAUGAUGUCGCUGCUCCGCGCCUUCGCCGCGUCGGUGCAGGAGCUCCAGGUCACCUGUGUCGUCGGCGGCGACGACCCCGCCGUCUUCUCAUUCCCCGAGCUGGGCCCGGACCUGGCGGCGUGCGCGCCGGCGGCCCUGAGGCGGCUCGUCCUCCAUCGCCCCCUGGUCAGGUGCACGCAGGUGGGCGCCUGCAUGCUACAGCUGCAGACCGUCCGGGGCUUCCUGCCCCCCAACGCCAGCGUGUUCUGCGACGUCUGUCACAAGUCUGUUCUCUAGGCGCCGCGCAGUCUGGGUGAGCGAGCCAUGACGAGGGUAGGCAGGCGCACACCCAGAAAAGUAUGUUCUUGAUUUCUCCAUGGACUUGAAUUUUUGAGUACAAUUGUUCUUGAUUUGAGCCAAAAUACUUGGUAUAAGAACAAUUUUGUUCUUAUACCAAGUAUUUUGACUCGAAUCAAGAACAAUUGGACUCAAAAAUUCAAGUCCAUGGAGAAAUCAAGAACAUACUUUUCUGGGUGCAGGCCUGUGCGUCGAUUGUAGCGCAAGGGAUAGAGCGAGCGAGGCUCAUGUUGCGUUUGCAAGGAGACCAAAUACUGGUUGCGCUCGCAAAAUUAAAAUGUCACUGUUUGCAAUGUAAGUGCGUCUGAAAUUGUUUUGUUUUUUGCACUGCAAAGAUUAUUGUACAGUUUUGUUUAAUAUGAUUCUUGGAUAAUUUUAUGAUUAAUACAUUUUAAAUCAGAAACUCUAAA